AUGAGCAACUUUGCUAUUCAGCCCAUGAGCAGGUUCGCGGGUUCCAGCGCAGCAAUUCGGAGGCCCAAAGAAAUUGCCUAUUUUUCCUACGAUGACGACCACGUCUUCCAUUUGGAUGAGCGGUCGCUGAGAUAUUAUUAUCCCCCAAACCUCGGAGUGGACCUUUCGAAAGGGUUUGAUACCUUUCAACAGCUCGAUGAUACGGCAGACGAUCAUUUAGACGGUCUCCUUAAGACCAUAAUAGAUCUUGAACAACGGACUGGCACCAAAUGCACUGCUGAAGUUGUGACAUGGAGCUUCAUCGAGGAGAACCACGAGCACAAGCUCGAAUCGAGGAAGCAGCAGCACGCUCAGCCCUCGCGACGUGGUGCUCCUUCACAGGAUCUCAUGAGUUUUUGGGGCUAUAAGUUUGAAACUUUGUCAUUGAUUCCUGAUCAGUGGGAUUCGACUUCGCGAGAAGUCAUUGAAACCCGCGAAAACAUGGUAGUAAAUAAUUACGCCCAAUACUGCUCUGUGGUGAAAACUGGCAUUGGCAAAGCAAGGAUGCUCAUCGGAGGAGAGGUUGAUGCCUUAUGGGACUGCAAGCCGGACAACAGGGAUGAUCCCAUCAACUGGGUAGAAUUGAAGACCUCGGCAGAGAUCGCAAACGACAAGGAUACGCUCAAAUACGAACGCAAACUACUAAAAUUUUGGAUACAGUCGUUCUUACUUGGAGUUCCCAAGAUUAUUGUGGGUUUCCGCAGUCAAAAUGGGAUCUUGCAAAGAUUUGAAGAGCUAGAAACCAAGAACAUUCCGGGAAUGGUCAAACGAGGCAAAGGAAUAUGGGAUGGUAAUCUUUGCAUCAACUUCACAGCCGCAUUUCUCGACUGUGAGAGCUUUACGGCCUGCGAUUUGGUACCAACUAAUGCUUGCUCAGGGCUAAAACAAACAAUCACAACUGAUGGUGUUUGGCGAAUAAGGCGAAGGGAGAGGUCCCCAGUGAUUGAGAUAUUCAAGAAUGAGGAAUCCGGUUGUGGCGAUAUUCUCUCCCCAGAAUUCAUUGAAUGGCGAAACAGUAGGGAAGCGAAUGAGGCAGACGUAGAAGCAGCAAAAACCAGGCUGGUAGAGUCAAUCAACCAAGAGACCUGUCAAUUAUAG